GCUAAAUAACGAGAUUUUCUGAACUGGUUGAUGAAAAAAAUUCGGCCUUACACCAUUGUCUGAGUGUACGGACACUUUGACUUUGUUUGAUUGGUUAAAGAAAUAUAAAAAAUAUUGCUAAAGUAUAUUACGAAUUUGCCUGCCCCAACAACUAUAAUGACUCUUGUGCACGUUGGUAUGUUGCAUCUGUAAGUGCAUUCCAUUUUCCAGGUGCAACUCUACAGAAAUUUCCACUUUUUCUCUCAUUAGUUUUACAUUUUGUUUCAUCAAAUUAGAUGAAAAUUAUCUAACAAAGUUACGUACCAAAUUUGAAAUCUCUUACAUAGUCUUGAACUCUUUCUUAGGUUUUGUAUCGCUUUAAGGAUCACGCUGUAAGGAUUUUCAUGGAAACAACUGCACGGUUCAUUCAGUGUCGAUGUUAUGCUGUCUUAUUCUGUUUACAUGUAGUUUUAUUUUCUUUUCUUAUAGUACAUUGCAGUGCAAGUGAUUGCUUGGAAGAAAAAUCUGCAGUUUUGAGUUCUGUGAUUGUAGAUGGUACAAGAAACAACAAUUUAGUCUCUCCUAAUGGAGUGUUCGAGCUGGGAUUUUUCUCCCCCGAUAAGAAGAACAGUAAGAGAAGGUAUUUGGGUAUAUGGUAUCUUAAUCAUUCAAAUCCCAAGGUAAUUGUUUGGGUUGCUAACAGAGAUAAACCCCUGCGAGGAUCCAAUGGCUUGCUUGUAGUCGAAAAUGGUAAAGCUAAGGUAUUGGAUAGAAAAGGCGCUACAUACUGGUCAACUGAUGUUUCUUUUACUAAGACUGCAAGUUUGUGUCUUCAGGAUUCUGGUAACUUAGUUUUAUCUUACAGGGGGACUCGCGGAAAGCAGUUUUCUUGGCAAAGCUUUGAUCACCCAACUGAUACAUUUCUUCCAGGGAUGAAAAUCGAAACAUUGAAUUUGACAUCAUGGAAAACCCAAAAUGAUCCAACACAGGGAAAGUAUGUGUUCUUAUGGAAAAUUCAAGGGAGCAUAAAGAACAAAUUAGUUAUUUUGAAAAAUCAAUCACAGCAUUAUUGGGAGAACCAGGUUUUACCUUUUGAUCAAGUACCUGAAAAUUUGUUCACAUUAUUGCUAAACACGCCUGAACAGAAAGGCUACAAUAAUACAAGGUUGGUGAUGAAGUCCACUGGACAGAUUCAAUUUUGGAAAUGGGAAAGUGAGCGAGGAUGGAUCAUGAAUUGGGCGGAGCCAAAGGAUCAGUGUAGUUUAUACAACAGAUGCGGAAAUUUUGGCAGUUGCAAUAGUAAUAAUGGGCGGUUGUGUAAUUGUUUGCCUGGGUUUACUGCUAGUUCACCAAAGAUGAGGAAUACAGGUAACUUUUCCGAGGGCUGUAUCCCACGGUCUGUAUCCUGCAGUAGGAAUUACUCUGCAGAUGUGUUUUUGAGGAUGCCUAUGAUGAAAGUGAGCAUCCCAAAGACGAAUUUGACGAAUAUCGGAGACUGCAGGACUGCUUGUCUUCAGGAUUGUUCUUGUUUAGCUUACUCUUGUGGUGUUGCUAAUUGCUCUGGAACAUCAAAUGAGAGUUGCUUGAUGUGGUACGGUACUGAAUUGAAUAACUUGCAGGAGGAAUAUUCUGAUGGGCUAACUAUCUUUGUCCGCAGUUCACAAACUGAUAUAGAAUCAACUUCAAGAGACUGCAAGCCUUGUGGAACUUAUUCCAUCCCCUACCCCCUCAGCACUUCUGCUGAUUGCGGGGAUUUAUCAUACUCUAACUUUCAAUGCAAUAUGACAACAGGGCAGCUUUACUUCGCAACCUCUGAGGCCAUAUUCAAAGUCACCUCAGUUAAUCCUGAGGCAAAAAGAUUUUCGAUUCAAGUCAGGCAUAGAAGUAGGUGUGACAACAGAUCUGCAGCCUCAUUUUUAUCACCCAAGGAUUCUUUUCUGUACAGUGUUAAAAAUUGCAUGGUUGUGAAGGAAAAGUCUUUUUCAGAAGUUCAUCAUUCUUUCAUUGAAGUCGAAAUGGACUGGAAACCACCAUCAGAACCUUCUUGCAAAGAUUCCUCAGAGUGUCGUGAUUGGCAGCAUACUACUUGCAAAACAGUACGAGGUGGUAAAAGAAGGUGCGUUUGUGGAUCAGAUUAUCACUGGGAUGGCUGGAAUUUGAAAUGUACCAAAAAAGCGACUUCUCCAAUCAAGAUAGUGUUUUCUUGUAUAGCAUUGGGAAUGAUUCUCUUCAGCGGCAUAUUCUUUAUCAGUCGUUUUAGGCAAACAGGUGCUUAUAAAGCUGGUUCUAUUUGGUUUAAAGGCAAAGAUUCUGAGGGCGUAGAUGUGCCUUUAUUUGACUGGGGAAGCAUACUAGCUGCUACAAACAACUUUUCAGACACACAUAUGCUUGGAAAAGGAGGAUUUGGUGCUGUGUAUGAGGGAUUGCUUCCAAAUGGAAAGAAAGUUGCUGUAAAGAGACUGGCAAAAGGAUCAGUGCAAGGUAUUGAGGAAUUUAGGACCGAGGUUGUAUUGAUUGCCAAACUCCAACAUCGAAACCUUGUAAGGCUUUUUGGAUAUUGUGUUAAAGAAGAUGAGAAAAUUUUAGUCUAUGAAUAUAUGCCUAAUGGAAGCCUUGACUCAUUUUUGUUUGAUGAAGCAUGCUCUAUGUCCUUGGAUUGGAAGAAGCGUUUUGACAUCAUUUUGGGAAUAGCUCGAGGCCUUCUUUAUCUUCACCAGGAUUCGAGACUUAAAAUCAUCCAUCGUGAUCUCAAACCAAGUAACAUUUUACUUGAUGAGGAGCUCAAUCCAAAAAUAGGAGACUUCGGUGUAGCAAGGAUUAUUGAAGGGCAAGAAACACAAGCAAACACGAAGAGAGUAGCUGGGACAUAUGGUUAUAUGUCUCCUGAGUACGCAUACGAAGGGCUUUAUUCAGUGAAGUCCGAUGUUUUUAGCUUUGGCGUGAUAGUCUUAGAGACUGUAAGUGGCAGAGGAAACUCCAGAAACUUCAAGUUUGAGGAUGGUUUAAGUCUGUUGGGACAUGCCUGGCGAUUGUGGAAUGAAGAAAGACAACACGAAAUAAUCGAUGAAACACUCAAUGAUUCGUGCAAUCUAUCUGAUGUAAUGAAGUGCAUACAUGUUGGGUUGUUAUGUGUACAAGAAGAGCCUAAUGAUCGCCCCUCCAUGUCAACCGUGCUUCUGAUGUUGUGCAGCGAAAAUGUCUGCCUCCCUAAUCCACAACCGCCUGCUUUUGUUAGAUGGAAACCAGUAUCAGAAACUACUCCAUCUUCUAGUUCACUGUCUACGAGCUCGUAUGAUCUUGUUAGAACCGUGUCUGCAGAAGGCCGGUAAAUAACAGUAUUCGCAGUUUCUACUUCAAGCCGAGGAAAAAUCAGAGCAACAUAAGAAUAUUUCCGCUUCAUUCCUAUUUUGUACUUCCUCCGGUUUUUUAUGCUCCUCUUUGAUUCUUAAUGUCGUUAGUUAGGCAUAACCGCGUUAGUAUAAAUUAUAAAGAUUAAUUGAGUCAAAGUACACAUAAAGGUGUAUCAAACAUGACUCCACUUGAGAAAGUUUUUUCAUUUACAUUCGGAAAUACAUAUAAUAUAAUAUUUGUGGAUGAAUGGUGAAUAUUAUGCAAAUGUUGCAAGUAUAAAGAUCGGAGAAAGUAGAUUGUAAAUUUUUCUUUUAGUUUGCACUAUUGUUUGUUUUGAAUCCAUGGAACAAAGUAUAGGGUUGGAUGGUAAUGCGAGUGUAAGGUCAAGGUCUCAAGGAGGACUAUGUAGUUUAUAAAUGAGAAAUUUUUUUAUCUUUAUAAUUUAUUGGAAAAACUACCGUGAAUAAUAUAAUAUUUUGUUAAUUUUCUUAUAAUAAUAUCAACUUGAUCAAUCAUGAAUAAUACCAACUUAAAGGGUAUUUUUCUAGAAAAUCUCUAACAUGUUAAAAAUCAAACUAUAGGUAAUUGUAAGACAAAAAAAAAUUUGGUAAAUUAGUUGAUAAACUAAAGUUGAUAUUAUUUUAGAAAAAUACCUCCCUAAGUUGGUAUUAUUCAUGGUUAAUCAAUAGUUGGUAUUAUUAUAGGAAAAUUAACAAAAUGUUGUAUUAUCACGGUAAUUUUUCCUAAUU